AUGGAUAAAUUUCCCGAGAUCGAUGUUGAUGGCGAAGAAAUCCAGGGUGAUUUUUUGGCCAGAGAGAAGGAAUUGAUGGGCGAUGAAUUCCUGACCGAACAUGACGAGGCCAUCACUGAGUUCGAGUCAAAGUUCCCCGAGGUGAACGACGAAGCGGACGACGACGUCGCCGAACUGCAACAGGUACCUCCGGUGACUAGAGACUCCGAGGAGGUCACCCAGUCGAUCAACGGUGUUAAGCUGCUCAACUUGGACGAUUCCGAGCCGAUCAAAGAGUGGCGUCAACGGAGAGACCUCGAGAUUGAGGAACGGGAAAAAGCCAACGCCAAGAAGAAGGAAGACAUUAGAAAGAAGGCCGAACAAACGAUUGACGACUUUUACUCUAACUACAACGAAAAGAAGGAAAAGCACGCCAAGGAAGUUGUCGACGAACAAACCAAGUUUACUGAAAAGGGCGCCACAUUCCUUAGCCGGGGAACGCUUUGGGACCGUGUCGAUGAGUUGAUCAAAGAAGUCGGCGAAGUUCCUAGCGAGGGCCGUGAUAAGACACGGUUUAAGGAAGUCUUGACCAAAUUAAAGGGCAAGGAAAACGUCCCUGGUGCGGGCGGUUACACUAAGUAA